CCCAACAAAUGCUCUCUCCCCCAAAAGAAAAAAAACAGACCUUCUUUGAUUUUUCUCUCUUUACUCGCAAACUUGAUCGGAUCACUCGUAGAAAUUAGGUCGUUUUUCUUGUAAUUUCUCCUCCGGUGAAGGGUAUUCUUUCUUCGAUAGCUUGCCCGGUUUCCCACGAGAGGCCGGGUUCAAAUCCUACUCAGCUUUCCUCUGCUGAGCAAGUUUUCUUCUUCCAAACAAAAGACUGGUGUGGGAUUUCCUUACGAACAUAGGGGUGAAAACGAAUCCGACCAAAGUCCGAGUCACUUAAAAGGGCAAGUUUGGGGCCAAGUGUGGGGGCCUGGAGUCUGCUUCACUUUCACUUGUGAUACCUUCUCAUUGAGUGGAAGUCCAUAUCGGCAUCAGUGUUUACGAAAAUGGAGUCGAGUGAUGGUUCAAACGAGAACACACAACCGAUUCAAUUGCCUUUGCAGAGUGCAGAUCCUUUCUCUAUUACCCCGCUGAAGAUCUCCUUGUCUCGGAAAUCUCCCAAGUCUCCAAUAUCUCCCAAGUCUCCGAGAUCUCCCAGGUCCUCAAAGUCUCCAAUGUCCCCGGAGUCCCCUAGAGUCCAAGGGAAACAUAAAGGGAGUCCUCUUAAGAAUGACCGCCGUUCACAUUCUCCAAGGGAUGGCCGCCCUAAGAAAGGAGGGGCAGGAGGGAAAGGAACUUGGGGUGGGUUACUCGACGUAGAUGACAAUUCCACGUUGGACCCUGAUGACCCGAACUAUGACAGCAGCAAGGAACUUAAUGAGGAUUCCAAUAUAAAACAAGACUCAUUUGAUUUCGCGUUGUACAAGAAAAAGGCCACAACACUGAUCCAGGAAUACUUCAGUACCGGUGAUGUUUCUUCAGCAGCAGAUGAGCUUAGAGAGCUCGCAAUGCCGAACUACAGCUACUACUUCGUUAAGAAACUUGUCUCCAUGGCCAUGGACCGCCCCGAUAAUGAGAAGGAGAUGGCCGCUGUUCUCUUGUCCGCCCUUUAUUCUGAUAUAAUUGAACCCCAGCAACUCUAUAAAGGUUUCCGGAAGUUACUGGAAUCAGCAGAUGAUUUGAUCGUUGACACACCCGACACGGUUGAUGUCCUGUCUCUCUUUGUGGCUCGGGCUGUGGUUGAUGAUAUUCUCCCUCCCUCGUUUCUCACAAAACAGAUGGCAUACCUGCCAAAGGAUUCGAAGGGUUUCGAGGUGCUGAAGAAGGCUGAGAAGGGUUACUUGGGGACCCCGCACCAUGCUGAGGUUAUCGAGCGGCGGUGGGCAAGCAAAAACAAGUCUGUCGAGAAUGUGAAGGACAAGAUCAACAAUUUGCUCGAGGAAUAUAUAACUAGUGGUGACAGGGCAGAGGCCUUUAGGUGCAUGAAGGACUUGAAGGUCCCCUUCUUCCACCAUGAGAUUGUUAAGCGGGUCCUCGUGAUGGCAAUCGAGAAACUGCAGACCGAAGACCUGCUGUUCGAUCUGCUAAAGGAGGUCUAUGAAGAAGGUCUGAUUAACGCGAGUCAGGUAUCGAAGGGGUUUGAACGAAUGAUAGAUAGUAUUGAAGAUUUAACUCUCGACGUGCCGAAUGCACGUGGGAAACUGCAGCAUUUGAUUGCAAAGGCGGCAUCAGAAGGCUGGCUAUGUGCUUCAUCCUUAAAAUCACUCUCGGUGGGGCCGAAGAGUCAAUCUCUUGAUGAGAGUGUAGCAAGGGCUUUCAAGGCCAAGGCUCAUUCGAUAAUACAGGAGUACUUCUUGUCCGGGGAUAUCUCUGAGGUAAUAAGCUGCCUGGAGACGGAUAAGUCGACCUACUCGAGCCAGCUUAAUGCGAUCUUCAUCAAGAAGUUGAUAACUCUGGCAAUGGACCGGAAGAAUCGGGAGAAGGAGAUGGCUUCGGUUCUCCUGUCGUCUCUGUGCUUUCCUGCUGAGGAUAUAGUAAGCGGGUUCUCGAUGCUGAUAGAGGCUGCCGAGGACACAGCCCUGGACAACCCCGUUGUCGUGGAGGACCUGGCCCUGUUCUUGGCACGGGCUGUGGUCGAUGAGGCUCUGGCCCCACAACACCUGGAUGAAGUUGAGACUCGGUUCAUGGGAUCCGACCCUAUCGGGACCAAGGUGCUCCAGAUGGCUAGGUCCCUCCUCAAAGCCAGGCUAUCAGGUGAGAGAAUUCUAAGGUGCUGGGGUGGGUGGGGCAACAACAGCCCAAGGUGGGCAGUCGAGGACGUGAAGGACAAGAUCACCAGGCUGCUGGAGGAGUAUGAGUCGGGAGGUGGGGCCAGGGAGGCCCGUCGGUGCAUAAAGGAACUCGGAAUGCCCUUCUUCCACCACGAAGUCGUGAAGAAGGCCCUCAUCAUUGUGAUUGAGAAGCGGAGUGAGAGGAUGUGGGUGCUGCUGCGGGAGUGCUUGGAGUCCUGCCUCAUAACCCCGAACCAGAUGAUCAAAGGGUUUGGGAGGGUCGGGGAGUGUAUCGAUGAUUUGGCACUAGACGUGCCUGAUGCCGAGAAGCAGUUCUUAAACUGCAUCGAGAGGGCAAAGGCUGCAGGUUGGCUGGACAGUUCCUUUAGCUAUAGGAAAUCAGCAGGGAUGAAUGAUGCUUCAGAAGAUGCCACUCAAACAUAGAUUAGUUCAAGGUACCAUUCUCCUCAAGCCUCAACAGACUAAACAUUUGCACAUUUCAGAUCAUUUGAUCAGAACAUGUCGGAUCUCUCUACGUGAUUUAUAAAGUCGCAAGGAAUUGCAGAUCAUCAUUUUCUGCCACCAUGGUUCAUCUUUCUUGCUUAUCCUUGCAGCUCAUCAUACUCCACAUGAAGAGAAAACCAGAAGUUCAUACGGCAGAAUGCAGAGAUCGACGUAACGAAUACUUCUAAUCCGGUGGUGUCCGAGUUUUUUUCUCUAAGUUGUAUGUUUUGUACGGUAUAUUAGGUGCACCCCAGAAUAUUUGGCGGUGAAGACCUGUGAAGAAUACAGAGUAUACACUGUUCUUUUUUUUUUAUAUUUAUGUUCUUACUUCUCUUCUCAAUGCAAGACUUGAAGCAAUAUAAUGUAGAAAGAUUUUAGACCUUCCUGUAUCGGAUUGAAUGAAAUUUGCCUAUUUGUUUGUC